AGCGCCAACAACCGUUCAGUCAACACAGUAUUAUCCGUUACGUGAUGCGUCUUUCUCGAGAGACUCUGUUUUCUAGGAAAGCCGGAGAAGAGUAUGUGGGGCACCUGUAUUGAAGCCCAUACACUGUGGUAUUUCAUAUCAUCUGUGUUAGUCCCCUUUUGAUGGAUGUUUAAUACAUGGUGUCUUCCCGCACAGACACAGUGUUAAAGCAUGGAGGCCCCGGCCGUCCCACUCCAGGACAUGCAGUGCUGGCGUGUAUAGGCAUGCGCCUGCUCUUUAUAACUGUGGUGGUGAUCGUGGCGGAAGGUGCAGGUUUACAACUACAUAGCCGACAACUAUCGGUCUCUUUAUGGCAGAUUAACUGCACACUGGAUAAGGUGUUUUCUCCUGGCGACACGAUGAAUAUCCUAGGGCCACCUUCGAAUAUAUCGAUGAUCUUCUGUAAGUUUCCCUUACAAUGCCUAGAUGAUUUUGUAAACGUCUCGUGGGGGCCACAGAAUAAAACUUUCUCCAUGGACUUCACACCCAAGAGCAGUGGUCUGUACGUAUGCGUUUACAAUGAGGAGCAUGGAGCUAUCGCUACGGGCGAGAUUCAUAUGGUAGACCCAGCAGUUACAGAGACCACCACCAACCUCCCUGAAGCCACCAGUACUGACCUUGAAGCUGAUACAUCAACCGGGAAAGAUGACGUGACAUCCGGAAGCGGCUUCAUCGACGCAUUUGGCAUUUUGGUCACGUUGUCUUUAUCUCACCGUCUACUCUGUGCAUGACCGCAGACUAACAGCCCAAGAAUCAACUGUUUGUAGAUGUUGAUAUGCAUGUUGAACCAAGUGAAUGUCCACAUACGUACGUUACAGUUACUCUGAAUUCACAAAUGUACAGCAUGUUGGAUUUUAAGUGCUCACAAACCCAAAUGCAUUUGUGAGAAUUCAUUUAUAUUUAAUUACACUAGUCAGCUAAAUUGUUAUCUUUCAGGUGACGGAUCAAAAUACUCGGCCACUGUCGAGACAAGCUCACUAAAAUCACCAGUGAUAUGGUGACUUAAAUGUCUGCUCUCUUAAAUUUUUGCCAUAGGAAUUUGUACAUGAGAAUCGAGAAGAUUCGAUACAUAUUUCUGGCACACUUAGAGACACAGCCAUAUUAUCACCUUGGCCCACUUGCACAAAGUGAUCUUAGCAGUAAAACUAUGGUAAGGCUAUAUUAAAGUAUGGGAGUUACGAUCAUCUUAGCGCUAAAAUCGCUUUAAGCAAGUGGGCCGUGGUCUUCCAUUCUGUAUUUGUUUCCUGUACUGUGUUUGGAUGAUUUACCGAGGUUAUAAUGCUAAAAUCACAUACGACGACGGACCCGUGAAGAUCCGGGGUACAAUAGGUCUUCAGCAACCCAUGCUUGCCGUAAAAGGCGACGAACGGGAUCGGAUCAGGCUCGCUGACUUGGUUGAUGCAUUUCAUCGUACCCCAAUUGCGU